UUACGAUCGGGAUUCUUCAUCAACUAAUUAUCAAACGUUAUCGGACGUUGGCAGCAACGAAUACUCGUUCAGGCGCAAAGAGCCAGUGAGAAAAGUGAGGCUCAGUGUCAGCGUUUAUUUUUCCACGUUUUCUUGCGCUAAUCUCCCACCGCGUGCGUAAUUUUUUCAUCAUAUUAUUCCGCAUCUUCGAAGCUCUCGCUGCUGCUGCCGCGCUUCUUCUUCUUCUUCUUCUUCUUCCUCUUCUUCUUCGCUUGGUUGGCGCGCAGGAUCACGACUACGAUUAUUCACGCGCGUUACGUGAUCGUGACAAUAGCCAGGCAAACAGCCGACGGGGCCACCCGUGCUCUCGCGUCCGACUACAUUUUUUACACUUAUAUAUCUUCAUAUUAUAUACGCGGGCGGGCGGGCCUGUGUGUGUGUGUGCGUGUGUGUUUAUAUUGUGGCAAACCGAGAACUGAGAUCGCAAGAUCGUGAUCGGUAAAACGGUCUACGAGGCCCUCCCUGAGCGAGCCUCGCGGCCACAGAGGCGCGAAGCGAAAUGAGAUAAACACACUUUUACCGACCACCGGGAAACUGCUUCGAUGUCCGAGACAAAAAAUUUGCGCGAUUGCCUUUCGCAGCGAAAAGGAACAAAGAACGAGGGCGAUCGCUGUUCGAAGCUCCGGAAAUGACCGUUUUUUCUCGCACCUUUGUACACCGAGAAAAUUGAUGCUGUGAAACAACGUGGUAAAAACCGGGCGCCGACACUUCGCCAAAUGGAGAUAAAAGCCUGGAUCGCUUUCGACCCUCGAACGAGUCUGGAGUCGUACUGAAUGAUUGAAGAAUUUCUUGACUCGUCGUUCGUUCUUACAACCAGCCUCACGAUUGCAUCGGUAAAGGUGCCAUUAAUCAAUGGAACAGCCAAUUGUCAAGGAUACAAAAAUGUGAAUCGCCCACUCGAUCGAAGCAUCGUCCUUCUCCGCUGCUGCAAGUCACAGUGCCGCGCGCACGCGCGUUUAUCCUCAAUUCUAGCGUAAUGUGUGAGCGGUGAUUGUGUGCCAUCUUCAAUUGGAAUUAGACGAUAACUUGGCGAGGAUUUUUGUCCGGUACACGAUGAGCGUACUGCUGUGGCGCCAGCGCAAAUCAAAUUUGGGGAUAGUGACAUCCGUCAGUGGAACGAGGGAAGAUGAGGAAUGGAGCGACUCGGAGAAAACGCCAUCGGUGAGCAGCGGUUUGGAGGGCGGAGGCUCGGCCGUCUCGAGUCCGGCGGCGCCGAACGUCGACGAGGACUCGAAUCAGCCACCGCCUCCAAGACUCACGGCAAACAAUUCCACCAGCACAAAUACCAACGCGACUAACAGCGGAUCGGCAGGAUCGACGACGAGCAUACCGAACUCAUCCGGCGAGGACAUCAGAUUGCGUCUGAGCGUACUCAGCGAGGACGCCAGGAAACGAUUGGCCAGUCUCACCGAGGAUUUCGAGAUCGCAAAAGGAAUUCGAGAGCGUCAAGGAGCGGAGAAAGCAACGGGACGAGGAGCGAGAACGCGAGAUUCGAGUCCGAGAUCGACGAAAACCGACCUCGACGAAGACGUCGUCGUGUGCAGUCCACGAGGAUUCAAGGAUAACGAGGAUAAUCAAAAAUCGUCGACUCGGCGACGAGAUGGAAACAGACGAGAGUCGGAAGACUCGAGACGGACCGAUGACCCGCCAUCGGAAGCCAAAAAAAUACGUCUCGAUGAUGAGGCAGCACCGAGACUCCGACUGAACGCUAGUCUUGCCACGGAUCCGGCUCUCAGACCGGCAACCGUAGCAGCUCUUACAAUCAAGCCUGAAAACGUAUCGCCGCCUAAUUCGACGCCCAGCCUGCCUCCGGGUCUUCAAAAUGCCAUAGCGUCAGGGCGUUUGUACGUGUUACCAACGGAAGGGAAAGAGUCAUUGACGUUAGAGCCAUCGAGGCCAGCGCCACUGAUGUGUCCGCCGUGUGGGAUCCGUUUCAGUUCAGCGAGUACGUUGGAGGCUCACCGUACAUUUUAUUGUGCGCACAGGCCCCGGCUAGAGGAGGAAAGCGGGAACAACGAUGAGGACGAGGAGAAGUCGGGCGGGGCAAAGUACGAUUCGCGAAAGGCUUACGCGUGUCCGCAGUGUUCGUACAGCGCGGACAAAAAAGUGUCGUUGAAUCGUCACAUGAGGAUGCACGCGACGUCGCCGAUCGCGGCGACGCCGCUGCCGGCGGCGCCGGUUACGACGACUCCGCAGAGUCCGAUCGGGAGCGCGAGCGUGACCAAAUGUUCGAGCUCCUCGAACGGCUCGUUGAACGAGGAAGCCGAGAGAUACUGUAGAAACUGUGACAUCAGAUUCAGCUCGUUGAAGACUUAUCGCGCGCACAAAACUCAUUACUGCAGCACGAGACACGUCGUUAAAGACGCGCCGGCCGCGACGACGAAAAAUUCACCACCGGCGAGCUCGAGCCCCGGAGAUUCACCGCCUCCUCAACCCUGCUUAGCUCUGCCGACCAAUCCCAUUCUCAUCGUGCCCUACUCCCUCUUCCGAGGUGCGAGCGUCCUCGCCGCCCCGACAUUGCCGACGCCGGACACGCCGUGCUUCCUUCUGCCGAACGGUUCCCUCCAACCGAUGACUCGAGGCCCGGCCACCAACGCCCAGAACACCGUUCAGGAUCCCCCGGCUGUACUGAGGAUAGCCAACAAGCCAGCGACCCCGGUCGUCAUGUCCAUUCCCGUUCUGUCAACGUCACCCUCCUCCGGAGCUUCCGCGCCGCUCGAUCUCAGCGUCCGAAGAUCGCCGGUACAACAAGACGAAAAAGAAAAUCGAGUCUCUCCGGCACCCUCCUCCUUGCCGCCGCCGCCGCCGGGGAGCCCCAGGUCGCGGGGCAGUGCUUCACCCAGAACGAGAUCUUUGCCAAAUUCACAAAAUCAACAACAAUCACCGACCACCGAACUCGCCCUCAGACUCGCUGAACUUCCGCCUCCUCCGGUUCCCAGUGUUCUCGUCAAACAGGGAGUCUCCAGAUGCAAAGAGUGCAAUAUCGUUUUUUGCCGGCACGAGAAUUUCAUAGCUCACAAAAAACAUUACUGCCAAGCGAGAGAAAGCACCGUUUGCAAUUCGCCGCCACCGGGUACGCCGUCGCCGCCCCUCGUCCAACUGAUAUGUGCCGCUUGCGGCAUUAAAUUCGCUUCCAUGGACAAUCUCGCAGCUCAUCAAGCAUUUUACUGUCCAAAAAGGCCGGAGCCCCAGGAGCAUCAUGCCCGAUGUCCCAAAUGCAAGACGAUGAUCGAGCCGGGCGGAACGCACACGUGCUCGAGCGGUCCCACAGGUGGAUGGAGAUGUCCGGUGUGCGGUGCGGUGAGUCCAACGGCGGGUGCGGCUCAACGUCACAUGGACGCUCAUCAGGGUGUGAAGGCUUUUCGCUGUACUAUUUGUCGCUACAAAGGGAACACUCUGCGCGGAAUGAGGACGCACAUAAGGAUGCACUUUGAGAAGCGUGGAACGGAUCUUCAGGAGGAAAACUACAUCACGUGCGUCCUCGACGACGAUGCGAGUGUUGCAGCGAGCGAGCCAGCGACAGCAACGACGCCGGAGGAAGUACCGGCUGAAAUUCAAAUAAAUGGUAAAGCGGAAGUGAGAAAAAGUCCUCCUUUGCCACCGCCCCCGCCGCCGCCGCCGCCAGCAGCACCUCAAGCGGUGGGUAAAGUUAAGCAGGAACGCGAAGACACGCCGCCGCCCGAGGAGAGUCUCGACCCGAGUAAAACCGGUCCCCGAUAUUGCCGCUCUUGCGACAUAAGCUUCAAUUAUUUGAGCACUUUCAUAGCUCACAAGAAAUUCUAUUGCUCCAGUCAUGCCGGUGAAGCGAGCAACAACAAUAACAAUAAUAACAACAACAAUUCGACGACGGCGUCGACGACCCCGCCGACAGCAACGACGAGGACUGCUACGCCGCCGACCGGCAGAACCGAAGCUUCCGUGCUCUAAAUUUCAAGCGAGUCUCUCUGGCCGUCAAGCUACGCGUCUAAAUAUUAGUCGAUUUAUUAUUUCGCGCGUGAAACACCGUUUUUACGGAGUUUCAAUGAUUUCUCAUUAGGUUUUCCAAUUUCAUGUCUUUCAGUCACUUUCCAUACGAUUUUCGUCGAAUUUUUGAAAAAUUGCUCAUUACUCUAGCCAACGAUCGCGUUUUUGUUCAAAGCAAGCUACACGCCUUCCAAGACACGAAAGAGAAACACAUUUUUUAUAGCUUUUCCAUCCGAUCGUUCGGUUAGCUCGAAACGCACAUAUACGAAUGCGAAGGUUUGUGAAAACGAGAUUUACGAAUCAAGCCUCUGAGCGUCUCAGUUGAAAUCAUUCGGGAGAAGAGGAAGCUUCUUGAAUAGAACAUUUUUCUGACUCGAGGAUCAGAGACCUUUCACUUUGUUUCCAUUAUGUAAAUUAUGGAAAAUAAGUUAAAAAAGAAAAGCAUAUUUCGUUCCAUUGAAACCACAGGACUGUUAAUUGUUGCCAGUUUUUAUAUAUAUAAAUAUAUAUGAGAAAAUAAAAAUCGAUCAUUUUGAGUAUGGAUUUAGUUCGAAUAUUAUUCAAUGAUGUUUGUAUUUUAUAAUUUUUCUGUAAUCAAGAAAAUAAUUCGUACUCAUUGAGCUCGAUAUAACCAAGAUGUAAAUAAAGCAUUAAAAUAUUAGGCAUAUCGGAGAGUACACGCAUGGGGCGUCGAAAGAUUGGGUAAAAGAUCGUUCAACAAUGCGAAAGUGAGUGCGACGAUGAAAAAUUCGUCUUCCUGUAAAUAAAAAGUAAUAAGUAGUAGUCAAACGUUUGAUUUUUCAUCGGCCAAGAAGAAAAUAAUUUCAUCGAGCAUUUACGAGCCUGUAUACAUGACUAGAAUUUUUUUGAAAUAAUACGCGAGACGUAAGAAAAAAAAUACGACUGUAGAAACGCAGCUGGCCUCGAAAUCGUUUCAGGAAUGCGAAUAAAAAAAAAAUUAAAAAAAAUUAAAAAACAUAAAAAUAAAAGAAAAAUAGAAGAAGAAAAAACGUAUAAAAGAAGACGGAAACUUGAUCGAUACCCAAAAAUAAAAAGGUUUGCAAUCUCAUGACUCUUUCAAAUAAUCUCGUAGCAAUGUAAGUUUAAUCGACAUACCCUAAGGUUAUGUGUAAAACGAAUCACGAAUACGAUUUGAGAUGAAAAAACUAAAUGAAUAAUCGCGAUAAUAAAAAUGAUGCGGGGAUAAUGCGACAGUGAGUGUGUAAAAUGUUGUACAGUAGAGGAAAGAAUGUGUAGAGUAUUAAAGUACGAAUAUAGCGAAACCCUGAAUGAUACCAAUCUCAGCUUAUGAAUCUGUUAAGUUACGUUGCAAUAUAACAUUUUAAUAUAUAUUAUAUAUAAUUGAAUGGCCAAAAGAGCCAUUUAAAGACUUCAAUGAUCGAACUCCCGCUUGUGCACACGACACGGAGAGACAAUGAGAGUGAAAGAUGAAUAAUAGUUGAAAAAAAAAGACACAUAAGAAGAAUUUAAAAAAAUGAUAAAUGAUAAAUCCUCGGGACAUCAUCACCAAAUCAGUGAUAAUUAUUAUUUUGCGAAUAAUCAAAAUUAUCCGCGAUUAUGCUAUUUACUAUACCGUCGUUCUUACGCGCGAACGAAAUAUUUUUUCGUGCGAGGGCACACGAGUGUAUAAAUUUUAGAAUUAAGGCCAGUGUUACAUGUAUACGCAGUGUACUACUCAUAUCAUAUGAUGAAAUCAUUAAAAAACGAUUAAAAGAA